UCCACAUUCCGUAGUUACAUACCUAUCCUAGGAAAAACAAAGUCUUGCCAUGGCGUCUGAGAAAAUAGAUGGAUUUACGUUGGAGCAAAGGCAUGGCAAAGCGCGAGUGAGGUUGGGUAGGGUUUGGCGAAGUCAAAGCGGCCGUCAUAACUUCGUCGAAUGGACCGUCAGCAUCAGCCUCCUCUCCAACUGCCUCGCCGCCUACGUCCGCGACGACAACUCCGACAUCGUCGCCACCGAUUCCAUGAAAAACACUGUUUAUGCAAAAGCAAAGGAAUGUGCUCAACAACUUUCAAUGGAGGAGUUUGCAAUUAAACUUGCCAAGCACUUUACAUCAUUUUAUCAGCAGGUUACCACUGCCAUAGUCACAGUAGAGGAAAAGCCAUGGGAGCGUGCAUAUAUAGAUGGUCAACCACAUGAUCAUGGAUUUAAACGUGGAUCUGAGACGCACACAACAGAAGUAAUAGUGGAGAAAUCUGGAGCUUUACAAGUGACUUCUGGUAUUCAAGGCUUGGCUUUGUUGAAGACAACCCAGGCAGGUUUUGAAGGGUUUAUUAGGGACAAAUACACUGCUCUGGCUGACACACGAGAAAGGAUAGUCGCAACAGAGGUCACUGCAUCUUGGAGGUAUCCUUUUGAAUCUCUCUCUGGCAUCCCCUUGCAGCCAUUGUACUUUACAGAGAAGUACCUGGACGUGAAAAAGGUUCUGGCUGAAACCUUUUUUGGCCCUCCAAGAGGGGGAGUAUACAGCCCAUCUGUUCAAAGCACUCUUUACCAAAUGGCAAAGACUGUGCUCAACAGGUUCCCUGAUAUCUCAUCAACAAUUAAAAUGCCAAAUCUCCAUUUCUUGCCAGUUAAUAUAUCAAGCAAAGAUAAUCCAGCUAUUGUGAAGUUUGAUGAUGAUGUGUACUUACCAACAAGCGAGCCGCAUGGAUCGAUUGAAGCGACGGUGAGCCGCAUCAGGGCAAAGAUGUAGAAGGUGCUGUACCGGCAUCCCUCAAAAGGGAAAGCAGCUGUUGUAAAAUUUGGUUUGUUUCUAAAUAAACCUGGUGCAACCUCUAAGUUACUUAUGGAGGACUCGAGACAUGGCCUGAAACCAUAAAUCUUUUGAUAAAUAAAAUGUUGUAAUAUGAACGAGAAUAUUACUUUGGUUGAUGUGACGAUGUUGGAGUUUUUCAUGAUGAAAGAUCAUAUCUAGAUCCUCAUGGUUGUUUUAGUUUUU